GUUUGGUUCACUCCUCCACGGCGCAGGAUCUCUCCAUUGCUUCCGCGGAAGAACCCGUCUCUGCUGUCCCACUAAAGAUGGAGCUGUCUGCGGCAGGGGACCGAGUGUUUGCCGCUGAGGCCAUCCUGAAGCGCCGCAUCCGUAAGGGACGGAUGGAGUACCUAGUGAAAUGGAAAGGAUGGGCAAUAAAGUACAGCACAUGGGAACCUGAGGAGAACAUCCUAGAUGAACGACUCGUUGCAGCAUUUGAACAAAAAGAGCGGGAGCAGGAGAUGUAUGGACCUAAAAAGAGAGGCCCGAAACCUAAAACGUUGCUUCUGAAGGUGUCCUAG